AUGAGUAGUUCCCACUCCUGUCAAUUCUGUCAAGAAGGAUUUUCCUCCCGCAAUGCCUUGUUUCGCCACUUGCGAACCACGGCAGAAUGUUUUCAAAAGGCAUCCAACCAAAAUGGUACACUGCAAUCAGCACCAUCCAUUCCCUUGCCCAAACAAAAAAUUGGAAUUCGAUUUGGAUAUCGGUAUCCAACCAAAAACACAACUUCUUCCUCGGAUGCUACCACUACCACUACUACUGAUACCAGUACAAAAGAUAUCCCAUUUUACGAACACGCCGCACAACGAGUCCAACAAGUAUUUUUGGAAGCCUUGCAAAAGCACCAGCCGGUAUCAUUCGAUGAGGAUGGACCCUUGACACAGGCCACGGUGGCACGAUUGCGGCACGUGGUAUUGGCACAAGAUGACGAUUGCAGUGCGGCAUCCGAUGUUGUGGGAUUCCAUUAUCGAGGAGAAGAACUCCAUACCGCCAUGGCGGCGAGCAUACGGCACGAAAUGCAGCAAUUAUUGGAUCAUCAUCAUAAUGACACCUCGAAUAUUCGAGUACUCCACGUGGCAAGUCUCCCCAUGACAACCAAAUUUCAAGCCGAACAGAGUUGCACCCAACGAAUCUAUCAUUAUUUAUUGCCCAUGGAGUGGUUGCAAGGAGGAGAGGAUGUCCAGCAAUGGUGGAUCCAAAAACCAAAUCAACAACACAAUCCACGCGCGUACCAAAGACGUCCGGCAGUAUUGAAACGGCUCAAACAAGCUCUGCAGGCACUGGAAAGUCGGACACUCGCGGAAAAGCGCAAACCCGAGGAACAACAUCCUGAAGAACAACCUGAAGAACCACCGGUAGAACCACCACCACCACAACCUGAAGAAAAACAACCUGAACACGGUCGCAGCACGAUGAUUGCCAGUCCGGGACGCUACGGAUCGCUGUGGCAAAAAGAACGUCGCUGUUUUCACAAUUUUUGUCACCUCGGGGGCAACCUUGCCAGUCCCAGCCACGAUCCCGUCUGGAGGACCGUCGAUCGCGCCAAAGUGAUGGGAUUUGUGGCUUCGGACAACAAUGAGAAUGUCAAUGCAGUGGUGGAAAUUCGAGGCGACGGCUUUGUUACGCAACAACUGCGACGCAUGAUGGGAGCCGUCGUCGCCAUGACCAAUGGAUGGUUGCCGAUCGACGAUUAUGUCCGCAUGGCCACACGCCCGGAUGUUUGUCUCGAAACGCCUCUGGCACCAUCCCAGCGACUCUACUUUUCGGCCGGAAGAUUUCAUUUUAUGGAAUUGUUGUUGCACGGCGGAAAAAAGAAUAACCAGAAUAGCAUGCAAUUGUUCGAGGAAUCCACUCCCGUGGCACAAGAAUGGCAACGGCAGUUGCAAUUGGACAUGAUACGACAAGCUUCUUCAAGUGCGCAAGAACAAGAGUGGCUGCAAGAACUCCAACAGGUCGUGGCUCCCAGGAUUCGGACGCAAAUGGAACGGAUCCAAACAGAAGACCAGGAGAGAUUGCAAAAGGUUCAGCAACAGCAGCAGCAACAACACGCCUUUCAUGGCGAUCAUACCACUGUCCGCAACAACCAACCACCACCCGGUCCUUACAUAGAGACGGUUUCCCUGUUGCGAAACAUUGUGGAACAAGAACAAUGGCCUCGGACAUCCAAAGCCAGAUCACGUGUCAUUCGAUCGGUCGUUGGCGCGGAGGAUGCCACUCCAACAACCACAGCAACAGCCAGAACGACAACGUCGUCCAAAUUUGCGGGAGAACGAUUCCAGAGCGGAUCGUUUACCGUGGUCAAUUCGGAAUUGUACGACCGAAAACUCCCGUUGGGCAAUCAACUGUUCCCAGAACUGGCCAAGGCAGUCUUUGAUUUGGAAGUUGCGUUGGCAACACCGGGACUUGCCAAUGGCACCAUUCGAGCAGAGGGCGAACGACCUCCCUCGUCUCAUUGUGCAAUCAACAGAAAUGCUGAAUUUACACCACAUGUCGACUCGGGACGUGGGAGAGGACAGAGCGUUUCCAUGAUUGUGGGUCUGGGAGAUUACGAUGGAGGAGCCAUAUUUGUGGAAGGCGAGGAUUACGGUAUUCGGUACAAUCCACUUGAAUUUGAUGGUUGGAAACAGCGCCAUUGGACAGCUCCCUUUGUUGGCGAAAGGUUCUCGCUCGUGUGGUUCACUCCAGCAGGAAAUGACGACGAGAGUGACGCAACAACCGCAGCAACGGAAAACGUGGGCGAGUCCAGUGCCUCUAUUGGCGCGAGUAGUCCAGAGGACAGCAAGGCGCAACUGUUGAUCCAGGAACACCAGCAACAGUUGCCUUUGUUCCCACCGUUCAAGUAUCGGCCUGGUUCGACGGACACGUUGGCUAUCAUCGAGAUGUUCGAUCCGGACAAGGGAUGUGCGUAUGAGCUCAAAAAUCACGUCUGGGGACAAUCGGGGACUAGCACCAAAGACUUUUCACCCAAGGGCCAUCAAUGCGUGCUGGACGUUGGAGCUCAUAUUGGAACCUUCUCGAGGUUUGCUCUGUCUUUGGGCAUCCCAAAGGUAAUUGCGUACGAGCCUGAACCAGGCAAUGCAGAGCUUUUGGCUCACAAUCUGCAACCCACCGAGAGCGACGAAAACGAGUCAAAGGACAACAGCAGAGUCGAGAUUCAUAUCGCUGCUGUAGCACACGGAGCGUCAGGAUACAAGACUCUUGUUCACGCUCGCAGCCGAAACGAUGGCACAAUCAACACUUGGAGACAUGCGUUGGAAGACUAUUCACAGUACAUGGACAAGUCAACAAAGCUACCUUCGAAGAAACAAGAGAACAUCUUGACCAGAUCUAGAGUUUUGUCAGUUCCUUUCUUUGGCAAUGCGUUGACGCCAGGAGUGACAUUUGUCAAAAUGGAUUGCGAAGGAGCCGAAUUGGAUAUUCUGCUAUCCGAAGCUGCUAGCAAGCCCGAAUCAUGGCUUGACGUGACCCACUUUGUUUUCGAGUGGUCCUUCACAAAAGAGAAGCGAGUCCAGACAUUUCACAAGGCCAUAGGCAACUUGCAAGUAGCUGGUUUUCAGGUUUGGUAUGAUGGCAAGGGAGCAUGGUGGGAUACUUCUUCUGAUCCAAGUACAAUGUGGCCCUUCCGUAGUGACCUUGUCGUCUUUGCAAUGCGAUAG